AUGCAACAAUGGUAUGAAGAAGACCAAGAAAACGCCAAAGAGGUACAUUCAUCAGAGACAAAGUUUCAUACAGUACCAAAAUCAUCUAAAGAAAUGGACAAGUUAUUAGUACUCAAAACAUUCACUGUUGAAGCUGAAACAAUAACGGGGCAACAUAUUUGUGUAUCUGGUAACUGCCCAACCCUAGGUAAUUGGGAAGCAAAUAAGGCGUUUGUUCUAAAUAACACAAAUGUGAUACGUAUAAGAAAAAAUCGAAAAUACUGUAUUUGGACUGGGUCUAUACAUUUGCCACCAGAUAAAGAAAUAUUCUUUCGUUAUUUCAUGGCAUAUAUUAUAGAACCUGACGGUGAAUUUGUGCAACAAAGACAUAUUUUCGUUCAUUCAUGGGAGUCUCAACAGGAACCUAGACGUGUACAAGAUGAAACCCAAAUAUUAAGCAGUGAUAGUGCAUUCCAAACUGAUAUGUAUGGUAUGAAUGAUAAAAAAUAUAUCAGCAAGGGUUUUUUGACUACGGAAUGUGCUAUUCAGUUUAAAUUAUUUGAUACUCCUAUUACAUUCUGGAACUCUAAACUACAAAGUAAAAUGAAUUCAGUUAGUGUUAAAAUGACACCUGUACCUUUGUCUAAACUGUCUGCUGAUUCUGGGGACGCAUCUCCUAACACAAGUAGUUUCAUACAUGAAGAUUCUAGCUCACAAGGAAUUGAUUACAUUGAGAAACAUUUUGGAUGGCCAUAUGUAGAAUGUGUGGAUAUUCCUGGAGGUCAUACUUUUAAGCAUCAAAGUCAGUUUGGUACUACUGUGCAAGAAAAUACUUUUCAUUUAUUUCAAACAAAAAUGUACAAUUUCAGUUGUGUUGGAUAUCUUUUUGAUUUGUAUCUACAUAAAGAAUCUUCUGAUGAACCUCCUUUUCAUAUUGGAUUCACUCACAUUCUACCAAGUAAUAUGAAAUAUAGCAAUGGAAUAGUUAUAUCUCCAAUCACCAGUGUUCGUCAUAAGCCAAUAGGAGAACUUAAAAUUGAUUAUUUAAUUAUUAAACCAACAAAAGAUAUCAACUGUACUUUAGAACAAUUGAGAUUGACAGACUGGAAAAGUAAUGAUGUUCCAUUAGAUAUUGGCCACAGAGGAUCAGGUUCAUCAUUUAAACAAAUUUUAUCAGAUUGUUCGCACAUUCGUGAGAAUACAAUAGCAUCACUGAAAGAAGCAGCAAAUAAAGGGGCUGAUUUAGUUGAGUUUGAUGUACAACUUACAAAAGAUUUGGUACCUAUUAUUAAUCAUGAUUUUGUAGUAUCAAUGGCAACAAAAUCUAAAACAAAUCUUUUAGCCGAUGAAGUUGAAAUGGUUCAAAUUCCAUUGAAAGAUUUUUCUUUCGAACAAUUACAAAAAUUAAAGAUUUAUCAUGUUAAAGAACCUUAUACUCUUUCUGAAACUCACUUUCUAAAUGAUGUUAGAAAUGAUUAUCAACCUUUUCCAAAACUUGAGAAAGCAUUUACAGAUGUUGAUACCAGUGUUGGAUUUAAUAUUGAAUUAAAGUGGACAAUGAAACUUCAGGAUGGAACCUAUGAACUCGAAAACCCAUUCGACAUGAAUUUAUUUGUCGACACUAUACUUAAAACCACAUUUGAAUUUGCAGGAUCCCGAAGUAUUGUGUUUUCUUGUUUUCAUCCUGAUGUCUGUACUAUGCUUAAAAUGAAGCAAAAUCGGUAUCCUAUAUUAUUUUUAACUCAGGGUGUUACAGUCCGGUACCCUUCAUAUGCUGAUCCUAGAUGUCACUCUAUACAAAACGCUGUUUACCAUGCUACUUGUCAUGAUUUAUUGGGAGUAAAUGUUCACUCUGAAGACUUGUUGCGUGAUCCAUUACAAAUAGAUAUUGUCAAACAAGCUGGACUCGCUCUAUUUUGUUGGGGAGAUGAUAACAAUUGUAAAGAUGUAGCUAAUAAAUUCAAAAAACUGGGAGUAAAUGCUGUUAUAUACGAUAAGUUGGACAAGAUUGAGUUAUUGAAAAAAAAAAUGUCCUGCUCUACUAAAAAUCCUGAUGUCUUCAUUGCCAAUAAUUAUUGUGAUCAAAAUGAUAUACUCUUAUCAAACCAACAAUCACUUAAAGAAGAUCCACAUUUACGUGAAGACAAUGAAGUUGAUAAAAAUAGAUAUUUCAUGGAUGUUGGUAAGGCCAGUUUUCAGAAUCAAUGUUCUUCGACAGAAACAUUAUGGAAUGAAAAGAUAAAUGAUUCUAAGUCACCAUCAAGAAAACAGAGAUAUGACUGUAUUGAUGAUGGUGCAUUAGAACCAAAUAUUAAACCAACUAAAUCCAAAAAAUCUAAGUAA